CAGCUGCUGUAUUUUUCCCUCCCUCGGAUCACAAAACUUUCACUUCCUAAUCACAUGUGCUAUGUUGAUUUACAUAUGGAUAUUUUAUGCGCGCAGUGAUGGUUAUUGACAAGGCUUUCAAAAAAAGGAAAAUUCCACCCUCAGAUGGAAAAACCUGAAGUUGUUUCGUGAACUGCCGAGGGACAGGCCACUCAUUCUUGAAAGCUCUGCUGAGAAUCAAGUCCUUCUCUCUUUUUUUGUUCUCUGCAGUUAUUAUUUUUUUUUUCAAAUGGAAAGCUACAAUUUCCUUUAUGUGAACACCUUGGUGCAAGAUUACCUGAAAUACAUUUGUCAAGAGGCUCAACUUGCAGCGGCCCCAAACCGAGUGGCUGAAGUCCUACGGAAAGCCGGAUCUUCGGCGCAGAAAGAAGUCGAAAUCAACCUGAGACCUUACGUGGACUCACUGGAGAUUCGUUCUGUAGAAGACGCUAGUAACAUUUUCAAUCAAGUGAUGGAAAACGAAUUUGAAGAUGGGAAAAUUAACUGGGGACGCAUUCUGACCAUAUUCCUGUUUGGCGGAAUCCUGGCUAAAAAACUCCAAGGACCUUUGGCAAAAGAAAACUUGAAACAGAUCUCUUAUUUCAUCACAGACUAUAUCAUGAGCACCAAAGGAAAGUGGAUCAGUGAGAAUGGAGGAUGGGACAAUGGCUUUAGAACCAAAUUUGAGGAUAGAAGCUCCUGGAUAUCCUUAUCCACUUUGAAGACAAAGAUCUUGGCUGUUUUCUCCAUCUUCAAUCAAUAUCACUCAUAAACUUGGUCAAUGCUUUUCUUGAGGAUGUUACACUGGGAUAACUUCCCUCUUAGUAGAAGACUAAGAACGCUACUGAGCUCAAUAGGGAAAGGGGG